CCAAAAAUGCAAUUCAUCCUAAACUCUUGUUCUAGUUGCAGAGCAAGGUCAGACUGUCCCUUCAUAGCUCCUUCUCUCCCUCUCCUAACCAAUUUCAGAUCAGGCGCCAAACUUGAGAGAGAGAACAGGAUGAAGAUCACAUGGUGGGUGGUCUCCUUUGCAUCUGUUGCCCUCGUUGCUGCCUCCUCGUCUCAGGAUCCUCACCUAAGUUCUGCUCGUGUCGUUUUUCAGACAAACUAUGGAGACAUUGAGUUUGGAUUCUUUCCUUCUGUGGCUCCUCAAACUGUAGAUCAUAUUUUCAAGCUUGUUCGACUUGGAUGCUACAACACCAAUCACUUCUUUCGGGUUGAUAAAGGGUUUGUUGCUCAAGUAGCAGAUGUGGUUGGUGGACGAUCGGCUCCGAUGAAUGAAGAGCAAAGAAAGGAAGCUAAGAAGACUGUUGUUGGUGAAUUCAGUGAUGUCAAACAUGUUAGGGGAAUUCUUUCUAUGGGCAGAUUUGAAGAUCCAAACAGCGCACAAUCCUCAUUCUCAAUGCUUCUUGGAGAUGCCCCUCAUCUAGAUGGUCAAUAUGCAAUAUUUGGCAAAGUUACCAAAGGUGAUGACACACUGAGUAAGCUUGAGCAACUCCCUACUCGUAAGGAGGGAAUUUUUGUGAUGCCUACUGAACGCAUCACAAUCCUGUCAUCAUAUUAUUAUGAUACUGAGAUGGAGAGUUGCGAAGAGGAGAGGUCAGUCUUGAAACGAAGACUCUCUGCAUCAGCUGUUGAAAUUGAAAGACAGAGAAUGAAAUGCUUCCCAUGAUUUGUUCAACAAGAAAUGACAUGAUUCGUUGGAGAUGCAUUGAAGCAGACACUGAAUUUACCACUUGUGCGAAUAUGUGGACGCUUCGGUCUGGCCUGACCAAAUCAAAGUCCAGAAUAAUAGAAGACGUUGAGAAUCCAACUCAGUCGCCAUAAGGGUUAGCAUUUUACGAAAUGUCAACACAAGGCACGCAUCAGGCAUGAGAAAUAUAGUACUGUGUUUUUUCACCUUAGACCACAUUUGUCCUUUUUACUGCAGCCGUCAAUCGGAUUAUUUGUCCUU